UAAUCUCAACAAUGUUUUGGAAACUAAGAAAUCAUUGUUUAAUGAAUUGAUGACUAUUUCUGAGUUUUAUAUAUCCUAUCAAUUAUUUCGUAAACUCACAGAAUGUGUGAAAUAUUUGCACGAAAAGAAUAUCAUUCAUAGAGAUCUCAAACCGGAUAAUGUGUUGAUUUCAAUGGACGGACGCAUAAAGUUAUGUGACUUUGGUUUGGCUAAAGAGGUUCCAAAUUGUGAUCCAUUUCUUAUGUCUAAAACCAAACAUACGGCAGAUGUGGGAACUGUUGACUAUAUGGCACCGGAAGCCCAGACUAAUGAAUACAACCAUUUGAUAGAUAUCUACAGUCUAUCUCUAAUUGGGGCUAAAAUUUUUGGUUUCGAUACAAACGAUAUAAUCGACGGAAAAAUAUAUUAA